AGAAUGUUUUUAUAAGGAAACAAAUUAGCUCAAUUAUAUAAUAUUAGAGCAAGCAAUUAUAAGAGCAAUGGUAGUUGGUGGGCGAAGGAAUACUGUCUGCUUUCUUGCUAACUUUCUAUCUCUGUUCAUAAGAACAUUGCUUCUGACAAAUGGUGAAGCUUUUGAUUAUCCAUCAACUGUGAAGCCUCCCUUCUCUUGGACUAACCACCCCUCAACUGACUUUAAUUUUUGGGAAUCAGCGGGGGAGAGACCUAUCUUGGUUAAUGGGAGUUUUGUGUGUGGCUUCCACUGCAAAUUUGAAGGAACCGCCUGCCUCUUUGCUAUUUCCAUCCUUCCAUCCAGUUUUGAUGAAAACUCCAACUUUUCUACACAAAUGGUAUGGUCUGCUAAUCGAAACAAGCCGAUUGGACUUGGGGCAAAGUUGCAAUUUUCUCAAGAAGGGGAUUUAACAUUGCAAAAUGAUCAUGACACUCUGGUUUGGUCUACAAACACAACAGGUAAAUUUGUUUCAGGCAUGAAGUUAACUCAUCAGGGUAACCUUAUACUAUUCGAUAGAAACAAUGAGAUGGUUUGGCAAUCUUUUGAUCAUCUGACGGACUCUUUGGUUAUUGGGCAGAGGCUAGUUUCUGGGCAGAAAUUGGUGGCAAGUAUUUCCACCACAAAUUGGAGUGAGGGUUUAUAUUCAUUUUCGGUUGAUAAUCGUGGUUAUUUUGUAGCUUUUGCGGCGUUAGAUGCUACCGUAGUUUAUUGUCGAUCCUUUUGGUCUCAAACAAGAAGCCAAACGGGGCAGUUUUAUGCUGAGCUCACGAACAUGAGUUUUGGUCUCUCUUCUCCUCUAUCUUUUCCAGGAUUUGGAUUUAGUUAUAUACAAUUGGGCUCUGAUGGGCACUUGAGGUCGUUCGGGUGGGUAGAAUCAAACUGGAAGGAAAAGAAGGAUGCAGUUGCCCAGAACCCUUGUAUUUCGGGGCAGAUAAAUCCUUCACAGCCAAGUCUUGGGUGUUAUCCUGAUAAUCCAAUAUCUUGUGAGUCUCCUCAAUGGCAGAGGCUUCUUGAGCUAAAGGAUACAGCUGACCCUGGUCUGUCAAGUUUGAACUCUCUUGCUUAUACCAGAACAGACAUAGAGAGCUGCAAGAGAGCCUGUUUAAAGAACUGUUCUUGCAUGUAUGCUAGUUUUCAACCUUCUGAUAAAAAUUACUCAGAUCUUGGCUACUGCUUUCUUAGAUCUGAUGCUUUGUCAUUCAAGAGAGUGCCUGCACAUUUAAAUCAAUCUCUAUUUUUAAAGGUGCAAAGUUCUCCAAUUGCACAGAUUCCACAAAGGAAUCGUUCAUCACCAGCAGAGAUUCCACAAAGAAAGAAAAGACAGAAUGUAGGAGUUGUAGUUGGAUCCACUCUUGGAGUCACUUUUAGUGUGCUUCUUAUCUGCACCUUUUUUUUACUUCAAAUAAAUAAGGAUGCAAAGGAUGUUGAGGAGGAUUAUUUGGGCCACAUAUCAGGAGCGCCCAUGAGAUUCUCUUAUGAAGAGUUAAAGGUUGUAACCAACAACUUCAGCAAUAAGCUGGGCGAGGGAGGAUUUGGUUGUGUUUUUCAAGGAACAUUACCUGGAAGUGCUCAAGUUGCAGUAAAGUGCCUUGAUGGUUUUGGUCCUGUGAAGAAGUCAUUUAUGGCUGAGGUUGAGACCAUAGGAAGCAUUCACCAUUUCAAUUUAGUACGAUUGGUUGGGUUUUGUGCUGAGAAACUACGCAUGCUUUUGGUUUAUGAGUACAUGUGUAACGGGUCAUUGGAUCAAUGGAUCUUCUGCAGAGACAAAGCGCUUGUUCUUGGUUGGCAACGUAAAAGGAAGAUCAUUCUAGACAUAGCCAAGGGACUAGCAUAUCUCCAUGAAGGAUGCAGGCAGAAAAUAAUUCACUUGGAUAUCAAACCCCAAAACAUCCUCUUGGAUGAAAAUUUCAAUGCCAAGGUUUCUGAUUUUGGGUUGUCUAAGCUAGUAGGGAGAGAGCAAAGCCAAAUUGUGACAACGAUGAGGGGAACACCAGGUUAUAUGGCCCCAGAAUGGGUGAACUCUGUAAUCACAGAAAAAGCAGAUGUAUACAGCUUUGGCAUUGUUGUUUUGGAAAUUUUAUGUGGCAGAAAAAACGUUGAUCGAUCUCUACCAGAAAAGGAUGCCCUUUUGGUGAGCCUUUUUAAGAGAAAGGUUGAGGAUGAUCAACUUUUGGAUCUAGCGGAUGAGUGCAAUGAGGAGAUGCAAUCAAAUACAGCAGAGAUUGUGGAGAUGAUGAAAGUUGCAGCAUGGUGUUUGCAAAGUGAAUAUGCUAGGAGGCCUUCAAUGUCCAUCGUGGUGAAGUUCCUAGAGGGCAAAAUGGAUGAUGAAAACGAAUAUGAUUUCUCAAAUCCACCAGCACCGUCUGAAGCGGAAACUCUCGGACACCAAAUGGAUGCAGCUGCAGUUACUGCUUCUCCAUUGAUUCCAUCUAUUUUAUCUGGUCCAAGGUGAUGAUAUGGGGGAAGAGAAGAUAUAAAGCACGUGCUGCAAUGGUAAUACUUCAUUUCUUUAAGCUUUCUAGCUCUGUUUUUAGUCGUUUUAUAUUGCCCUGUGUUCCAAAGCAGAAAGUAGAGUGCGAAUUCCUACUGUUAGCAUAUCUUCCUUUCUCUAUUGGGAAUCAGUGUGGAUGCUUUAUAUAUUUUGUUUUUUGAUGGUAAUAUUUUAUUUUUCAGAGUUUCUUGUAAUGUUAAAAUUGUAUAGUUUUAAUUGAAAAAAUUGUGCCUUUUUAC